UUUGUCUGUUUUCUCAGCUGCUGAGCUAAAUUCCUCGACAAGGUGAAAUUGCAAAGGGCAUUUUUUGUGCUGAGAGGGUUUUAGCGAUGGCUUCCACUGAAGAGGAAACCCUAACCCUAGCCGGAGACGAGCAACCAGAAGCUGCUUCUGAUGCCCCAUCCACCGCCAAUGGAGCUGCUCCUGCUUCCUCCGAUCCGCCGGUGGAAGGAGAAAAUGCAGAUUCCGCGGCGAAAACCCUAGAGCACGCGGCCGAGCUCUUCGACAAGGGAUCUAAGGCGGUUGAGGAGGGCGAUUUCGUCGAUGCCGUUGAUUUCCUCAGCCGUGCCCUAGAGAUCAGGGUUGCACAUUAUGGAGAACUCUCUCCAGAGUGUGCCAUCUAUUAUUACAAGUAUGGAUCUGCUCUGCUAUACAAGUCACAGGAAGAAGCUGAUCCAUUGGUCAAUGUUCCUAAAAGUGCUCCAAAAAAUCCAGAUAAGGAUAAGUCUCCUAAAAAUGUAGAGGAUGAAGGCACAAAGGCUUCUGCUAGCAAUGCUGAAGAGUCUAAUGCUUUAAGUAGAAGUGUGGAAGAGAAAGAUGGUGCUAGCGAGAAGGAUCAGGAAGAUGAUAAUGAGAGCAGCGAUAGUGAUGAUGAAGAAUCUGCAGAAGCGGAUGAAGAUGAGUCUGAUCUGGACUUGGCAUGGAAGAUGCUAGAUGUUGCGAGGAUCAUUGUUGAGAAGUCCCCAGAAGAUACCAUUGAGAAAGUAAACAUUUAUGCUGCUUUGGGAGAGGUGUCACUGGAAAGAGAGGACUUUGAGACAUCUUUAACUGACUAUUUGAAAGCUUUGUCCAUUUCGGAGCAGUUGGUUGAACCUGGCACUCGAAGGAUGGUUGAAUUAAAUUUUAGGGUAUGUUUGGUGUUGGAGGCUUCGGCAAAGGUUCAAGAGGCUAUUCCUUACUGUGAGAAGGCUAUCUCACUUUGCAAAUCUCGCUUACAGCAGCUCAGUGACAACGUGAAGCCGACAGCUUUAGUGCCAACUAAUAACGUGAACAUUGCUGAUGACUCCAGUGUGGGUGACAAUCAGGCUUCGAGCAAAGUAGAUGCCGAUGGGGCUAUUGGGGAAGAUGAAAAGCAGGUGCUUAGCGGAAUCUUGAGUGAGCUCGAAAGAAAGCUGGAGGACCUUCAGCAGAUCUUGCCAGAUCCUCGAUUCAUAUUUUCAGAAAUCAUGAAAAGGAUGUCAUCUACAUUGCCUUCUUCGGAUGCAAAUUUCUCCAAUAAAGAGUCAACAUCCACGUCUCUGAAUGCUUCACAGAUGGCUGUUACGACCGGGGGUUUCGAUUCCCCAACGGUCUCCACCGCAGCAACAAAUGGUGGUGGGGCUGUAACCCAUCUCGGUGUUGUAGGAAGAGGCGUAAAGAGAGCUUCUUUAAACCCUGUUUCUGCCAAACCUCUUUCAAAGAAGCCUUCUUUGGAUUCUUCUUCUGGAGUCGUCGAAUCUACGGUGAAAGAUGCGGAGAUCCGGAAGGAGUAAUGUUGUUGUAGUUUAUCUGUCACAUUGGAUGCUUCAGUUAUGUAGUAUGAACAUUUGAAAAUUGUAGCUCACUUGAUCCAAGCUUCUUUUCUUUUCUACACCUGACCUGUGGCCCGUACAUGUUAUAAUGUCGUUAUGCUUGCUGGUGUAUAGACUUCGGUCUUAGCUUUUUUUGUUUUU